GGCCUGGCCGCCUAAAUACAAUUCCCGCAAAGGACCAAGAGGCCUCUUCAGUACUGACGCCAGGAGGUCAAAAGUCCUCUAACUUUCCCCUCACGCGCCUGGGAACCGCGAAAGCACGAUUUAGAGCUGCUGUUAUUAUUCCUCGAAGACAAACGCCUGGAGAGGAGGCCAAAACCCCAGGCUCAAGAAGGGAAGAGUAACAGGAAGGAGGCGUUUCUUUAACGCGACCGCCAUCUUCGGGUACGGAAAAGUCAGCCCGAGCGCGCCAUUUUGCGCAGCGGGCGCUGUCAUUUCGCGCUUACGCACGCGACGUCCCACACGUCACGCCUCCUUCGCCUCAGCAGCAGCAGCGGCGGCGGCGGCGGCCCCAUCUUGUGUUACGGACCAAGAAGGCGGCCCCCUGGAGGGGCUGGGGCCUGGUUUCCUCCCUCCUUCUUUAGGUGUCCUCAUAAAAUGCCUGCCGAGGGUCCCCUCUCGCCGCUGCUCCGCUCCAAGAUGGCGUCGAUGCGGGAGAGCGACACGGGCCUGUGGCUGCACAACAAGCUGGGCUCUACGGACGAGCUGUGGGCCCCGCCGAGCAUCGCCUCGCUGCUCACCGCCUCGGUUAUCGACAACAUCCGCCUGUGUUUCCACGGCCUCUCCUCGCCCGUGAAGCUGAAGCUGCUGCUGGGGAUGCUGCACCUGCCCCGCCGCGCCGUGGACGAGAUGAAAGGUGCACUGACUGAAAUUAUCCAGCUUGCUACUUUGGAUCCAGACCCCUGGGUCUUAAUGGUGGCUGAUAUUUUAAAAUCCUUUCCAGAUAUUGGCUCCCUUAACCUUGAUCUGGAAGAGCAGAAUCCCAAUGUUCAGGAUAUUUUAGGAGAAUUGCGAGAAAAAGUGAGUGAAUGUGAAACAUCAGCCAUGUUGCCGUUGGAAUGCCAGUACUUAAACAAAAAUGCCUUGACCACAUUGGCUGGACCACUUACACCUCCAGUGAAACACUUCCAGCUCAAACGGAAACCAAAAAGUGCCACUCUUCGAGCAGAGCUCUUGCAGAAAUCUACUGAAACUGCACAGCAGCUCAAGAAAACAGCUGGAGUGCCUUUCCAUGCCAAAGGAAGAGGGCUGGUAAAAAAAAUCGAUACAACAACUCCUCUCAAAGGAAUACCAAAGCAAGCUCCAUUCAGAAAUCCUACUGCUCCAAGUGUAUUUAGCCCUGCUGGAAAUAGAACUCCAAUUCCACCCUCAAGAACCCCUCUGCGCAAAGAGAGAGGAGUAAAGUUGCUAAACAUCUCAGACCUGAAGAUGGUUGGUGCUGGCUGGGAAGCGAAAAGAAGAAGAAAGACCAUAGAUACAGAAGUAGUGGAAAAGCAAACAAAAGAAGAAACUGUUGUAGAAAAUGCUACUCCAGACUAUGCUGCUGGACUUGUGUCUACACAGAAACUUGCCUCCUUGAAUAAUGAUCCUGCCCUGGCUUCUACAAGCUAUCUCCCUGCAGCACCCAGCGUUGUACCAUCCUCUUCCUAUGUUCCCAGCUCUGACACACAACCCACUGGACCUGUUCAGGAGCCCUUGCAAGCUAAAGAGGAGCCUGCUACACCUCCCACCACUGCAGUGACAACUCAAUUUAAGCAAAGGACACCCAUGUACAACAGUAAUACGAAUGUAGCUACAGUCACACCUACCUCUCCUGUGACCCCACCGGCGGCCCCUCCAGCAGCGCCGGCACCACAGGGCACCCCCGCCCCUCAGCAGGCGCCGCCCAAGAAAAGCCUUUCCUUAACAAGGGAACAAAUGUAUGCAGCCCAAGAAAUGUUUAAGACAGCAAACAAAGUAACAAGACCAGAGAAGGCUCUUAUUCUUGGAUUCAUGGCAGGAUCCAGAGAAAAUCCAUGUCAAGAGCAGGGAGACAUAAUCCAGAUCAAACUGAGUGAGCACACAGAAGUGCUGCCAAAGGCAGAUGGAACAGGAAGCACCACCAUGCUAGUGGACACCGUCUUUGAAAUGAACUAUGCUACUGGCCAGUGGACCAGACUAAAGAAAUACAAACCAGUAACAAAUGUUUCUUAAACAGUUCAGACCCCCCAGAAUUGUAGACCAAAUGGACCAUAGGAUAAGCCAGCUUGUAUGUCAUGUGUGGACUAGGCUGAAAAACAUUCCUGCGCAGGCCUGGUUGUAAUCGCCCAGUAUCCUGGCUGUGGUUGACUGAAGAAGGAGGAGAGAACAAAACAGGAAUGCUUUUAUUUUUUAUUAAAAGUUUGGGGAAAUAUAUAAUGAUUCAUAAGGGUUGAGAGAUUAAAACUGAAACACUUCUGCUUUUGGGAGAAAAGAGGUUCUGUUCUGUUUUCUCAAGGGAGCAUACUGUGCAAGAAACCUUCCAGAAGAACACAUUUUACAGCAGUGGUGACUGGUUGAUUUUAUUUUAGAUUUUUGUGAACAUUCGGCCCCACUUUACUUGCAGUGCCUCUUUCCCUUCUGUAGCAGACUGUUAAUGCUUUGUCAUGUGGAGUUGCUCAUGGUUUUUCCACCUGUUGGGAAAGCAUGCAGAAUAUUCCUAGAUUUGCAUACAUUAAGUGCUUAAGGGUGCAUUUUGUAAAAUGGCUUGGAAAAUUGGCAUUCUUCACCCCUGGUGGAAGCCCAUUGCAGAACCCUAGUUUUCACCCCAUAACAGUUCUGCAUUUGUCAUUUAAUGGCUUACAGUUUAACCUCUUUAAAUAAAUGAAUCAAUGAAAUCAAGCCCUGACAUCCAAAGGUUAAACUUUCAACUUAGAUGGCAUUGAAGAUUUUGUCACUUCUCUUUAAAUAGAUCAGUCCCAAGUUCUUUAAAGGUGCUACCUCAAGGUCACACAACUAGUUACUAGACAUUGAUGGCAAUGGACCUAUGCUUCUGUGUCUUUAGCUAUCAUAACACGACAUUUUAUUUCACUGUCAUCCCUGUCUCUAUGUUGGAAUGUGUUUAGGACAGUCACGUAAUAAAUUGUUUCACCCCUAGGGCCUAUUUAGUCACCACUACUGGAAAAUGAUUCUGUGGGAAGGAUGUUGCACACACACCCAAAAAAUACAUUUCAGAAUGUUUUCAGUACAGCCAUUCACAGGACCUGUCAUCCUUGGGAUGCAAAAUAUUAUGACCAAGAGUAUAUUAUAUAGCCUUAUCUGUUGCUUCCUGAGACUGAAGAGACCUGCUAGGAACAGCUCUGUUGCAGCCGAAGAAGCUUCUUGGGAGGAGUGCUCUGUUUGCUGCCCUCCAGGAAAUGUCCAUCACAAUGAGUUACUACUUCCCAUUUGAGAACUGAAGACUUCAUGUACCAGAACAAAUGAAGGAAACAAUUACACUUCCUAAUGCUAUUCUUGUUAAUUACAUUCAUAAUUUUAGUUGAUAUUGAAGAGGAACAUCCUUGUAGCAGUGUGGGAUACGAGGAGGCCUUUGUGCUGACCUAGACUUAAAAUGGCGGUAAAGAAAAGACUUUAGCAAAAACUCUUAGCCAAGGUAUGCUGAGGCACUAGAUCACUUUAAAUUUAUUUAGCACAUUUGAGUUUCUGGGCUAAAUGUAAUUUUAGUCCCAACUAGAAUGGGACUGAAAUUAAUGGGAUUGGUUCAUCACUGCUUACACAGAUCCAGUUGAUUUUAGUGGAUGACCUCUAUUUGUGGAUAAAAUUUACAUUUUGGCCUUUUCAAACUUCCUCGUCUGAGAAAAAUUUAACUUAAGACAGCUUGAAGACAGUGUGUCAACCAUACAUUUUGCUUCAGAUACAGGAUCACUUUAAAAGGCAGUGCUUUCUAUGUAUUUAUCACUGGAAGUUGUGCACAGGAAAAUUAGGUCUGCACUAGUUUUCUAGCAUCCCAAUUUGCCUAUGGUCGCAAGCUCAAAUUUUUACUUUACGUGAUUGCUACCAUGGGAUUUGAUUGUUUAAAAUGAGUAGAAUUUAUUUUAGUUAUGCUUAGCCAUGGUUUUGUCCAUUUCUGCCCCAUAGAAUAUCAAACUUGAUGACAGUUCUUCAGCUAGACCUUUUGAUUAAAACAUUAAUGGACAAGUUAGUGUUCCUUAGAAUGACUGUAACGAUUACAGUGGUCUAAACAAGUUGAUCAGAUUUUUUCAUGUCACUAUCUUUUAAUAUGGAAAGUAGCAAAGAGUCCCAGAAGAAGGAGAAAAGUAUCUUUUUAUGCUUGUGUAAAAGUGUAUCUUUAGACUUGGCGUAACAGCAAAGCACAUAUUAGGUUUGGCAUGAUGAAAUGCUUAUGAUAUAUGCAGAAGCUGAGCAGCGUUGGACAUCUUGACUUCUUGGAAGCUGGAAAUGGAAACAUUUGAUAGGUCUCAGAUUAAGGUAGUGCUAUCCCUUUCUGUAAAUAGAAAACCUCCAUCUCUGGUAAUCCUUUGAGACACAUGGGCUGUAAAAUGCAUUUUGUAUUAGGAAGAGAGCCAAGUAAAACAAUUCUAUAUUUUGGAAAUGAUGGGUGUGUGUGUCCUGAAAACUUGUUUUUUAUAUAUUGUUUCCACUUCCUAGUCCUCCAGGUGUUUUGGGCUUCAGCUCCCACAGUUACUAGCAGCUGCUAAACUGGCAGGGAUUUAUGGGAGUUGAAAUCCAAAACACCCAGAGGACCAAAAGUUGAGAACCACUGCUUUAAGAAGUAGAAAAACAAAUUUUCCUGAAGGAGGAUACAAACCAAAGGGUAUAAUUUCAGACAUGAGAGCUCUGCUCUUCUGACCAGGCAACUGUAUAGAUAUGAGGUCCACAAAAAAAUUGGAAGUAUUUUAAAUAUUAUAUUUCUCUGUACAAAGAGAUUACCACAAUCUUUUAAAGUCCUAAAUCCCCUGGGAAAGGCCAGAUGAAAAUGUCAGUAAUCAAUUAAUCUCUUUUGAAGGUAGAAAGUUGGAAAUUCUAAUUCCAGAUACCAACCAUUGAUAUCCACUCAUUCAAUAACAGUCACCUAACUUUCUCAGCGAGAUCUUGGCAGUGGUGUCCGAAAUGCCCUUUGUCAUCUUACGGUGUCUCCCAAUGAAUCAUGAAGUGACACUUGCCAAACUUCUUGAACGUACUUUGACAUCGCCAUGUGGAUUUUGUUUUCCUCCUCCUUUGAUGGAGGAAAAGAAAAACCCCAUAACAAAUGUUUUAAGCCAGAGCCUUCUAGGAAUCUUGGAACUUUUUUUAAAAAAGCAAUGCUGUUUUGUAAAAUGUUGCAUAUAUAGUAUAGCAAACCAUAUGUUUUCUAUCUGUUAUGUUUUUGUAUAAAUGUAAAUUCAAAGCCUCAUGUCCUUGAGUAAAUAUUUUCAACAUAGCACAAUAUAAUAAAACAUUUUUCUAAAGAAA